CAGGUUGUGGGUGACGCACGAAAUGGGCGGAUUUUCUGUUCCUAACGCUGCAAAAAAUAGUCAAAGAUUGAUUUUAUUUGAUUUGCGCUUCGAACUAAAGGGAAAUGGGUCAGCGGUGAAGUUAAUGAUUUGCAUCUUUUUAUAUAUUGUUUUAGCGUUACAGAAGACAUAAUUAAUUACUUUGAGGGAUAAUUCAUAGAAAUUUACUGCAGUAUACUUUUUUAAAUGUUUUUUUUUAAUCCUAGAAUUAUUUAAGCAAGUGAUAUUAUGUAUAUGCAAAAUUGGUGCUCAUUUGUGUUGUUAGCAGAUCAGCAACGCAACACUUAUCUAACAGUCGCUCACUUAGAUGGACACUUUUUGCAGUGUUCCCAUCCUCUUCGUUUUCCCUCUCCGCCUCCCCUGGAAAGACAGAAGGGGCAGGUCUUCUUGUAGAGCAUUUACUCCCUUUGCAGGUGAUGCUAUAGCUCACACGGGGCUUGGAAAAGCCUCCUAACUUAUCUGAUUAGAAUUGCAGAGCGGUGACCUGGUUUCAGCACAGCGGCGCGUCAACAGCUCAAUUUCAACGCUAACAUUAAGCCAAUACUUCCCAAGAUCCGGUGCGUCCGAACGGCGGGACCCACAGGCGCCGCGUCCACGGCACUUUCAGCACCAGCGGUCGGCUGCAGCGGAGCUGUCCACACAUUCAGCACUUCGCAUGCCGAGGAGAGAACCAGACCACUCACGACAAGACACUCAGGAGAUACCUGCACAAGUUUUAUCAGGAUGGCGUCAAAAUACGUUGGCCUUUUCAUCUUUUUCCAUAUUGUAUCCCUGAACGUAAUGAGCCAGACAUCUGCCUUUCCCACACCUACAGCCUCAACAAAUGAUAAAACUGUGUACAACAGACAGCUGACAGAAGAAAGGCCUAUACAAGCACAGAUUGCUGAGGCGGACAGCGUAAAGGCUGCGGUCCAGUCAGCCGAGAGCAAGCGCCCCACGAGCUCCAAGGUCACAGAGUCACAGCAGGACCGUGACGGCUUGACUCUGCUCAAGUCACUGGCGGAUGGCCAGAAAACACAGGUGAAGACAGAGGUGUCAGCCAAGGGGGUCCAGUAUGUCCCCGAUGAGUCUGAUUCCACCAAGAGCCGGCGUCUGGUGGAGGACUAUGACUCCACCAAGAAUGGCAUGGACAACGGCAAGUACCAGGAUGACCCAGAAACCUUCCGUCAGGUUGAUGGGACUCCGCUGACAGCAGAAGACAUUGUCCAGAAAAUCGCAAACAAGAUCUAUGAGGAGGACGACAGAGGGGUGUUUGACAGAAUCGUCUCCAAGCUGCUCAAACUCGGCCUGAUCACAGACAGUCAGGCAGACACUCUGGAGUACCAGGUAGCCGAGGCGCUCCAGGACCUCAUCGCCAAGAACGCCAAGAACAACGAGAUUGAAGGCGCCGAGAGCAAUGAUCGGGAGACCAAGGAACAGCAGGACGACCAGGGCUCUGACACAAACACGGACACAUGGGAGCAACCCAGGAGUCGCUACAGCAACAAGGAGGGAGAUGAGGCUGAUGAUGAUGUAGAGGAGGAGGCAGACAAAGAUGCUGAGGUUCAGGGGGGCAAUGCAGGUGACGAGGGCAACGAGGUGAGCCCCGAAGACGGACUCCAGGACCUGCAGUACUUCCCAAACUUCUACCUUCUGCUCAGAAGCCUCGACUCCGAUCAAGACACUCAGGAGAGAGAGACACUGAUUACCAUCAUGAAGACACUGAUUGACUUUGUGAAGAUGAUGGUGAAGUACGGCACCAUCACGCCGGAGGAGGGGGUGUCGUAUCUGGAGAAUUUGGAUGCUAUGAUAGCCAUGCAGACCAAGAGCAAGCUGGGCAAAUCUCUUGGACUUCCUGACUUCACAGCACCCACUGGGAAAAAUUUAGAUGAAGAUGACAACACUAAGGCUGAGGCUGCCAAGAUGCAGAGGGAGUAUGAAAACCUGAAAGACUCGACCAAGGAGGAGCAGCAAUCUCCUGAGACCAGGCAGCCUGGCAAAUCACAGACUUAUCUGGAAGCCAUCAGGAAGAACAUUGAGUGGCUGAAGAAACACAACAAAGAGGAAGGCAAAGACGAUUAUGACCUUUCUAAGCUGAAGGACUUCAUGGACCAGCAAGUUGAUUCCUACAUUGAAAAGGGCAUCAUCGCCAAGGAUGAAGGGGACACUAUCAAGAGGAUCUACAGCAGCCUGUAAUUGUCCGUCCUUCAACAAAUCAUUGGCCUAAAACGCAGAAUACUGGAUCUGACGCUAGAUCUCAAACCAAACCCUGAUCAUUUAAAGUUUCCUUCUUUUGGCAUAGAAAAGUAUAUACUGUGUAUUCAAAACUACCUGCUUUGGGGAAGUAUCAAAUUUAAUACUAACUAUAAACAGUAAAUGUUUUCUUUAUGUGUACUUAACGGAGGAUUUGCAAAGUAAGACUGCAGAGUAAUAAUCAAUACAUCACAUACUACAUCAUACGAAGCAGAAGCAAACUCUUUUAUGUUCAACUAAAUGCUAGAGAUAACGUCAACAUGACUCCAAUUAAUGUUGGGUUUGAUGCUGUAGCUUUGUCAUCAACUGUUUUUUGGUGCAUAUAUACUCAUUAGGUUUUACCUGGUUAGUCUAUUAGGUUUAUUUCUUUCUGCCACAUAUGUAAAACUUUGAUAUAGUCUUGCAUUUUAUUUACCAAAAAUAUAUUUGUUGUGUAUAUCAUUUUAUCAGUUUGUGCUUUCCAUACCGCUCUGUUCUGUUGUUAUUUUUUCUCUGGCCCAGUAGUGGGCGAUAUUUUCAUCAUCAGUUCUCUGCACGUCUUUGUGAGGUCAACAUUUCCAUUUUAGGGAGACUUCAGGUCAUAAGAUGACGUAUUUUUCAAUGUAAAUAUUUGUGACUGUUUCGUAGAAUGUAAAAGCGAUUAAAACAUUGCCUUUUCUUUA